UUCCGCUGCACGGACGGCAGCUGCAUCGCUGAGCACUGGUUCUGUGAUGGAACACUGACUGCAAGGACGGUUCAGACGAGGAAAACUGCCCUGCCGACGUGAUGACAGCUACCUGCAGCGUGGAGGAGUUCCAGUGCGCCUACGGCCGCUGCAUCCUGGACAUCUAUCACUGCGACGGAGACGACGACUGCGGGGACUGGUCCGACGAGUCCGACUGCUCCUCUCAUCAGCCCUGCAGAUCAGUUGAGUUCAUGUGCAGCAGCGGCAUGUGCAUCAACGCCAGCUGGAGGUGCGACGGCGAGUUCGACUGCGACGACCAAUCGGAUGAGAAGAACUGCAACACGUCCAUGUGCGCGGCCGAUCAGUUCCGCUGUGGAACCGGACGCUGCAUCCGGUUGUCAUGGCGAUGCGAUGGCGAGGACGACUGCUCGGAUCGCAGCGAUGAAGAGGGCUGUGAGAAAACCGAGACGCCUCCCUGCGCUCCGGAUCAGUUCCAGUGUGGCAACGGACGCUGCAUCGGGCAGAGGAAGGUGUGCAACGAGGCCAACGACUGCGGCGACGGCACCGACGAACACCCGCACCACGACUGCCGUCCUCGCUCCAACAAGGGCAACUGUAACCAGAAUAAUGGAGGCUGCGCCCAGAAGUGUCAGAUGGUCCGAGGACUGGUUCAGUGCACCUGCCACACGGGAUACAGACUGACAGACGACGGCAGGAGCUGCCAGGAUGUGGACGAGUGUGCGGAGGAUGGCUACUGCAGUCAGGGCUGUACCAACACAGAGGGGGGCUUCCAGUGCUGGUGUGUCCAGGGCUACGAGCUCCGACCCGACAAGCGCAGCUGCAAAGCUCUGGGUCCAGAGCCGGUGCUGUUGUUUGCCAACCGCAUCGACAUCCGCCAGGUGCUGCCCCAUCGCUCAGAGUACACGCUGCUGCUCAACAACCUGGAGAACGCCAUCGCGCUGGACUUCCACCACAGCCUGGAGCUGGUCUUCUGGUCAGACGUGACGCUGGACCGCAUCAUGAAGGCCAACCUCAAUGGCUCCAACGUAGAGGAGGUUGUGUCCACAGGUCUGGAGAGUCCAGGUGGCUUGGCCAUAGACUGGAUCCAUGACAAGCUGUACUGGACCGACUCCGGCACCUCCCGCAUCGAAGUGGCCAACCUGGAUGGGACGCAUCGCAAGGUGCUGCUGUGGCAGAACAUGGAGAAACCACGAGCCAUAGCGCUGCACCCCAUCGAAGGUAAGAUCUACUGGACCGACUGGGGCAACACGCCUCGCAUCGAGUACGCCAACAUGGACGGCUCCAACCGGCGAGUCAUUGCCGACACACACCUGUUCUGGCCCAACGGCCUCACCAUCGACUACGCCGGCCGCCGUAUGUACUGGGUGGACGCCAAGCACCAUGUGAUCGAGAGGGCCGACCUGGACGGACGCAACCGCAAGGCCGUCAUCAGCCAAGGCCUGCCCCACCCGUUCGCCAUCACCGUGUUUGAGGACAGCCUCUACUGGACCGACUGGCACACCAAGAGCAUCAACAGCGCCAACAAGUUCACCGGCAAGAACCAGGAGAUCAUCCGCAACAAGCUGCACUUCCCCAUGGACAUCCACACGCUGCACCCCCAGAGGCAGCCCACAGGAGCCCGGAGCCGCUGCGGCACCAACAACGGCGGCUGCAGCCACCUGUGUCUCCCCAGCAACAAGACGUUCGCCUGCGCCUGUCCCACGGGCUUCAAGAAGGUGGACGCCUCCAGCUGUGCUAGCGGUCUUGACAAGUUCCUGCUUUUUGCCCGAAGGACGGACAUCCGACGAAUCAGCUUUGAUACAGACGACAUGUCCGACGACGUCAUCCCUCUGGCUGACGUGCGCAACGCUGUGGCGCUGGACUGGGACGCUAAAGAUGGUUAUAUCUACUGGACAGAUGUCACCACUGACUCUAUAAACAGAGCGCUGUGGAACGGCACCAAGCAGGAGGUGGUGGUGGACACCAGUCUGGAGAGCCCUGCAGGUUUAGCCAUCGACUGGGUGACCAGCAAGCUCUACUGGACUGAUGCUGGCACGGAUCGUAUUGAAGUUUCAAAUGUGGACGGAAGCAUGCGGACUGUCCUGAUCUGGGAGAACCUGGACCGGCCCAGGGACAUCGUUGUGGACCCAGUAGGAGGCGUCAUGUACUGGACCGACUGGGGGGCCAACCCAAAGAUCGAGCGUGCAGGGAUGGACGCCUCAAAUCGCAUCGUAAUCAUCUCCUCCAAUUUGACGUGGCCCAAUGGACUCGCCAUCGACUAUGGGACCAACCGUCUGUACUGGGCCGAUGCUGGCAUGAAGACUAUAGAGUUUGGCAACUUUGACGGUUCUGACCGACAGGUUUUGAUCGGCAGCCAGUUGCCGCAUCCGUUUGGUCUCACGGUCCAUGAGGACAAGCUGUACUGGACCGACUGGCAGUCCAAGAGCAUCCAGAGUGCCGACAAGCUCACGGGCCUGGGACGGCACACGCUGGCUGAAAACCUGGAGAACCUUAUGGACAUCCACAUGUUCCACAGACACCGUGAGACGGUCCACAACCCCUGUGCCGUCAGUAACGGAGGCUGCAGCCACCUGUGUCUCCUGGCUCCUGCUCCGAAAGGCUCCAGCUGUUCCUGUCCCACUGGCAUCAACCUGCAGACGGAUGGAAAGACCUGCACUCCCGGGAUGAGCAGCUUUCUGAUCUUUGCGCGGAGGACAGACAUCAGGAUGGUUUCUCUGGACAUCCCCUACUUUGCUGAUGUGGUUCUGGCCGUCAACAGCUCCAUGAAAAACACCAUUGCCAUCGGAGUCGACCCCAGAGAAGGAAAGGUUUAUUGGUCUGACAGCACGCUGAAGAAAAUCAGCAGAGCCAACAUCAACGGAAGCGCGCAUGAGGACAUCAUAUCCACCGGCCUGAUGACAACCGAUGGUCUGGCAGUAGAUGCCGUUGGCAGAAAGAUCUACUGGACGGACACGGGAACCAACCGCAUCGAGGUCUCCAACCUGGACGGUUCCAUGAGGAAGGUCCUCGUGUGGCAGAACUUGGACAGCCCUCGCGCCAUCGCGCUCUACCAUGAGAUGGGGUACAUGUACUGGACGGACUGGGGCGAGCACGCUAAGCUGGAGCGUUCAGCACUGGACGGCUCCGACCGCGUGGUUCUGAUCAGCAACAACCUGGGCUGGCCCAACGGCCUGGCCAUCGACACGGCCGGCUCCCAGCUGCUGUGGGCCGACGCCCACACCGAGCGGAUCGAGGCGUCUGACUUGAACGGGCAGAACCGACACACCCUCGUCACGCCCGUGCAGCAUCCGUACGGUUUGACCUUGCUGGGCUCCCACAUCUACUGGACCGACUGGCAGAGCCGCAGCAUCCAGCGAGCCGACAAGAACACGGGCGCCAAUGCCAUCACGGUGCGGGCCAACCUGCCGGGCCUGAUGGACAUCCAGGCGGUGGACAGAGAGAGGCCACUGGGGUUUAAUAAGUGCAGCAGGAGGAACGGCGGUUGCACCCACCUGUGUCUGCCUCGGCCCAACGGCACGUCCUGCGCCUGCCCCACCGGCAUCGUGCUCAAGGGAGACGGCAGGUCAUGCGACGACUCUCCAGAGACGUACCUGCUCUUCUCCAACCGCAUCAGCGUGCGCAGAAUUUCCCUGGACACCAACGACCACACAGACAUGCACAUCGCCGUCCCCGAGCUGCACAACGUCAUCUCCCUGGACUACGACAGCGUGGAGGGCAAACUGUACUACACGGACGUCACGCUGGACGUCAUACGGCGUGUGAACCUGGAUGGCAGCGGCAUGGAGACGGUGAUCAGCCAGGGCCUGAAGACCACGGACGGGCUGGCUGUGGACUGGGUGGCCAGAAACAUGUACUGGACCGACACGGGGCGCAACACCAUCGAGGUGGCCCGUCUGGAUGGAACGAGCCGCAAAGUUCUGGUCAACAACAGCUUGGAUGAACCUCGGGCCAUCGCAGUGUUUCCGAGCAAAGGGUUCCUCUUCUGGACCGACUGGGGGCACAUCGCAAAGAUCGAGCGCUCCCACCUGGACGGCUCCGAGCGAAAGGUGCUGAUCAACACCGACCUGGGCUGGCCCAACGGGCUCACGCUGGACUACGACACGAGGAGGAUCUUCUGGGUGGACGCCCACCUGGACAGGAUUGAGAGUUCCGACUUAAAUGGGAAACUGCGCCAGGUCCUCGUCAGCCCGGUGUCGCACCCUUUCGCCCUCACUCAGUUGAAGCCGGUGUCCUCCCCUCUAACUCCUUUCUCCCGACUCUCGCAGCAAGACCGCUGGAUUUACUGGACGGACUGGCAGACUAAGUCCAUCCAGCGGGUGGACAAACACACCGGCCGUAACAAGGAAACCGUGCUGGCAAACGUGGAGGGUCUCAUGGACAUAAUAGUGGUCUCACCUCACAGACAGACAGGGACCAACCUGUGUGGGGCGAACAACGGCGCCUGCACUCAUCUCUGCUUCGCUAAGACUAACAGCUUUGUGUGCGCCUGCCCCGACGAGCCAGACGCUCGACCCUGCUCCACCAUUUCAGGUUAUAUCCCCACGUCUCCACCCAAAGGACCCGGCAGCACUCUGGCACCCAACAAGCUCCCCAGGGUCCCCACAGACGGCCCAGACAGGGGAACCUUACUGGUCAACUGCACUGACAAGAACCCAAACGUCGAAGGCUGUUCCAACGUUGUGAAGGCUCCUCAUGGUGAAGGUCUCCAUGUCAGCUAUGUGAUUGGGGGGGUCCUGACCAUCCUGGCUAUUCUCAUCCUCAUUGCUGCUUUCAUCAUUUACAGACAUAAGAAGUCAAAGUUUGCUGAUCCAGGCGUGAGCAACCUGACCUACAGCAACCCCUCGUACAGGACAUCCACGCAGGAGGUCAAGAUUGAGGCGUCGCAGAAGCCUCCGAUCUACAACCAGCUUCGAUAUAAGAAAGAGGGUGGUGUGGACGGAGGCUACAAGGAGAAGAUCCGAAUUGUGGAGGGUGUCUGUCUUCUGUCCAACGAGGAGCUUUACUGGGACGACCUGAAACAGAUCAAGCCGUCCCGAGGCGGCCUGCACACCUGCAUGCGUACAGACACUGUGUCCCUGCAGGCCAGCAGUGCUUCCUUAGACGACGGCGAGACGGAGCAGCUCCUGCAGGAGGAGGCGUCCGAAUGCUCCUCCAUAACCACCCUGACUCCGUCAGCCAUCAGCCCCCAGCGCCACGCCCAGCACAGCCUGCCCGACACAGGAUGGGCCUCCAUGCGAAAGCCCUCCACCGAGAGCGAAGUGUGACGAGCUCAGCCUCCGUAACCUAACACGCACAAACACACAAGGAUCAAUAGGUACAAACCCAUGUAAGUGUACGGUACUAAAUGUAUGAACCUGGUUACGACGGCUCCGUCCCACACACACAUGCAGUACAGUCCUCAGUGCUACAGCUUUUAGACAACACAACUAUGAGCAUGCUGGAAUCAGAGAGACACUGGCGCUAUGGAAACACGCAGACUGUCACGUGCCAGCGCUGCUCUGUGAAGCCUCUUCGGACGAUCUCACCGCGACGCUUGCUCUGAUGCCCCUCAUGUCUCUAUGUACCCUAUUUAUGAACAUUUUGUACUGGUUCAGUGGGUUCGCUGACCUUCAGAGAAAGCUGCAGAACUGGGGGAUACAAGAGUUGUAUUUAUGACAGUGCCAAAGGGUGGGGCUUCACCGAGGCUCCAUGCGUCUUUCUGCAUUUACAGUUCAUUAGAUAUGUAUCUUUAUUAUGGAUCCUUAGUUUGGUUUGACUCUGACUUGCCCUCAGUCGUGGGAGACAUGCUUCGGAAUUCUUCUAUUUUUUCUGACCGUCACCGUGGUUGCAGAAGUCCAUUCAUCCUGAGCUAAAGUACCCUGAAAGGAGCCGUGUGUGUGUGUGUGUGUGUGUGUGUGUGUGUGUGUGUGUGUGUGUGUGUGUGUGUGUGUGUGUGUGUGUGUGUGUGUGUGUGUGUGUGUGUGUGUGUGUGUGUGUGUGUGUGUGGUAGUAAUUCAACCUUUGCUGAUCCGUGGGCAUAGCAGAAGAAUGCCGUGAUGAAGUAACGGCCUAAGUGCCAAACAUUUGUCUCACUUUCCUCCUUCAGGUGGAUAUUUAUUUUUCUCAGAUGUUACGUCACAGUAUGCUUUUUACCAUCACUGCUAUCCAGCCUUGCAGAUAGUUCUGGUUUUAUUUCUUCCAGUGUUGGAUAUACGUGUUGAAAAGAAAUUCUACAGCAGCACUUACUUCUACAAUUUAAAUUGAUUUUUGGUCUUGUAGUUAAUUUGUAAUACAAAAAAACACGUUUCUUGUGAAGUGUGAGGUGACUCAAUUGUCACCAGGGUUCCCUCAUCCUCAACGUUCAUCCACAUGCUCCACCAACAUUUUACCUGUAACCUUCUUAUUCAUUCUUACAGCUCUUCACUUUUACAUUUGGUUAAAUACAAUUUUAAUGUGGUUUCCAGUCCCAGUAUUUUAUUCCGGGAAGGUCCCACCUUCAUAUUCGCUACUAGGUUUCAGAGGUGUGGCCAAAACUCUACUGGGGGUGAAGCUGAACAUUUGUUCAUCUUGGAGUUUGUGUUUUAUGCAUCUCCUCUAAAUUUGUUCAUUUAUAGGUCCAGUACCUUUCACAGGUAACAAAUGGAUCACUGAGGAACACUGUGCAUGUCUGAGGGCUAUAGUUCAGAAGUAUAUCACUGACAACAUACUGAAAAUGAAUUUAUUACAGGUACAGAUAUUAUGCAUCGCUUUAACUUUAGAGUACCAUUAUGGUACAAGGCAAUACUAUAUUGUUAUAUUGACAAAUAUUCCUGUUAAGUUACAUAGAACCGUGUAUUUUGAAGUAUCUGCUACAAGCUCAGCAACUCGCUGAUUUGCUGCUAGACAAAGCACUGAGGCCAAUGAAAGAGGGUCUUGGCAGCUACAUUACUGUGGUGAAGACCUACAGAGCAUCACAGCGCGACAGUAACCAGUCACCCGGCUCACAGUCCCUCCAACUUUGCUGCAGGAAUGCUACAACUGUACAGAUUUGAUCACAUGGGUAUAAGCAAACAUUUCUGUUGAAGAUAUUGCAUUAAAGUUGUAUAGACUUUUGUACAAAGGGAUAUCAUGAACAUUUUUGAACUUGUAUUAAUUUUACUCACUGGAGAUGAACAAUUUUUUGUCAUUUUGUUUUGCUGGAUUAUUUUAACCACUGUGUUUUCAUGCUUUGUAAAUGAUAGGGAGGAUGCCAGUUAUUUAAUAGUGCUCUUUUAUCUUAUGACAUACUGGUUGCAUAUAGCUGUUGUAAAGUUAACAAAAAGAGGUAUUUAUGAUUUCUGUUUGGUUGUCACUUGAUGUGUAAAUAUGAAAAGACUGUAUAUGUAUUUCCAUGGCAGUACUAACAAGCUGUGUUGUGUGAUAUAGUGAAUUACCCCUUUGCUAUCUUUUAAUAUAGAAUUACAUUUGCAUUUCAAUGAAAUUCUUGUGUUACUGAUCUGUUCACACGCUGCUCCAUAGACCAAUGCUUCAAAGCAGGAACAACAAUUUUUAAAAACUUUGAGCAGAAGACGACGACACACAAGAACAUAAGUGAAACUUUUAAGUGCAGGUAACACUGUCUACAAAUAUUUUAAAGAUUGGUAAUCUUCGACUAAUACGAGGUUAAAUGAGACUAAUUAACUAAAAACUAAGGCGAUGUAAAGAGGAUUACAAAGGAAGACGAUUUUAUAUUCUCAAACUUUUCGCCACGAAAGAACAUCCGGGAUUUUAGGCACAUGACUUUAACUGUCCAAUGAUCGCCUAAAACGUCUGAGAGUCUCAGCCAAUCAAUGAAGGGGGUUUCUCGACACGCUUGUUCAAAAAGAGAAGAAGAAACAAGCUAGUUCCGGAGGACGAUACAAGCGGGACGGACCAAAGAAGUUCCACUACGACGAAAAAUAUAGUUAAGUUUGAUUAGGUUUAAAAUUUGUUGUAUGCGGAUUUUUCGAUUUGAUGCAGGAAGAACAGAUCAAGUUCUAUCAAACUGUAGCUAAUGUGCUAUUGGAACUGGCAGCUAACAGACAUGCUAGGGCUAACUCUAUACAGGCCGUUGGCUUUAGCUGCCGCUAAGCAAUGGCAGAUGAUUCAGAUAUUCAAAAAACUCCAUUAAUCCCAGAGGACGUCUAUAGCAAAGCUCCGCACAAGGAUCCAGGAAGUCUUUAAUGUUCAAGUGCCAUGAAGUGAAUGCAUGCUGUCAUUCCAUAGGAAGCCACAGGUUACUGGCCUAAAGUCCACUUCUUUGAUUCCUUGGGGCCUGGAAUGCGCUCUGAUCGGGUAAUCUUCAGGACAUGCUCUCCAACAGAGCACAGCAGGUGGACCCUUCAUGUUUUGCCAGUGCUGUUCAGUGAAUUUGUAAUUGUGGAAACUCAGGAGCUGAUUUGGAAGAUUUAACAAGAUUGUGUGAAACCAUAUGAACCGAUGAGUGAACAUUACAAACCUCUGCCACAAUUAAACUCUAACUCAUA